GCAGCAGCGGCGGCGGCAGCAGCGGCAGGAGCUGCUGCAGCAGCGGCGGAGGCUGCUGCUGGACUCUUUGGGGUCGCGCAGUCGCAGCCCCAGUCCGGAGGCUCCGGGCGGUGCGUUUGUUGCUGCGGCCGCUGCUGCUGCUGCAGACCACCGGCUGCCACCCGGGCCCCCGCUGCCACCGGGACGCCGGAUGCCGUCUGCACUCCAGUUGACUCUGCCGGAGAGUGUGCCCCAGCCUGGACGCCGCCCCCGGCCUGGUCUCCAUUCCUCUGCCGCACCUCCCAUGACAGCUCCCGCACGAAGAUGGCUGCGAAGGGCGCGCACGGCUCCCACCUGAAGGUGGAGAGCGAGGUGGAGCGCUGCCGCGCUGAGGGCCACUGGGACCGCAUGUUCGAGCUGGUCCGGCAUCUGCAGACGCUGGGCAUUUCCGGCGGCGGCGGUAGCAACCGGCGAAGCAGCCCGAGCGGCAGGUUCAGCUCUCUAGACACUGAUGACUUUGGGAAGCUGUUGCUAGCAGAGGCCCUUCUGGAGCAGUGUUUGAAAGAUAACCAUAACAAAAUAAAAGACUCCAUCCCUUUGCUGGAGAAGAAUGAGCCCAGGCUAAUUGAAGCCAAAGAUCAUCUGAGCAGCGUCCUGAACAAUGGGAAGCUGCCGCCGCAGUACAUGUGUGAGGCCAUGCUGAUCCUGGGCAAGCUACAUUACGUGGAGGGCUCAUACCGGGACGCCAUCAGCAUGUAUGCGCGGGCCGGGAUUGAUGACAUAUCCGUGGAGAACAAGCCCCUGUAUCAGAUGCGGUUGUUGUCAGAGGCGUUUGUCAUCAAAGGUAGUUUGCACAGCUCCUUGCUCAGUACACAUUGCUCUCUGUGUCCUGCUCUCUCCUCUCUCCAGCAUGCCUCCAGCUUCUUGGGGGAACACAGUCCUGGUGGUCAGAGGUCCUGCCAGGGAGGCCUCUCCCUGGAACGCCUGCCCAACUCCAUCGCCUCCCACAUCCGCCUGACAGAGCGGGAGGAAGAAGUGGUUGCCUGUUUUGAGAGGGCCUCCUGGGUGGCUCAGGUGUUCCUGCAGGAGCUGGAGAAGACUUCAAACAACAGCGCGUCUCGGCACCUAAAAGGCAGCCCCUCAGCUGACUAUGAACUCACUUACUUCUUGGAAGCUGCCCUCCAGAGUGCAUAUGUGAAGAACCUGAAGAAAGGGAACAUCGUGAAAGGCAUGAGGGAGCUCCGGGAGAUUCUGAGGACUGUGGAGACCAAAGCAACGCAAAACUUCAAAGUGGUGGCGGCCAAGCACCUGGCGGGGGUCCUGCUGCAUUCCCUGAGUGAGGCAUGUUACUGGAGCCCAUUGUCCCACCCUCUGCCUGAGUUCAUGAGCAAGGAGGAGAAUUCGUUCAUCACCCAGACCCUUCGGAAACCUCACCUCUAUGAAGGAGACAACCUCUACUGCCCCAAAGACAACAUAGAGGAGGCGCUCUUGCUGCUGCUUAUCAGUGAGUCUAUGGCUACUCGGGACGUGGUACUGAGUCGGGCACCAGAGCAGGAGGAGGACCGGAAAGUGAGCUUGCGGAAUGCUUCAGCCAUCUAUGACCUCCUGAGCAUCACCCUGGGCAGGCGGGGCCAGUACGCCAUGCUGUCUGAGUGCCUAGAGCGAGCCAUGAAGUAUGCGUUUGGAGAAUUUCACCUUUGGUACCAAGUGGCCCUCUCCAUGGUAGCUUGUGGGAAGUCAGCCUACGCCGUGUCACUGCUCCGGGAGUGCAUGAAGCUGCAGCCCUCGAACCCCACAGUGCCCCUGAUGGCUGCCAAGGUCUGCAUUGGGUCCCUGCACUGGCUAGAAGAGGCAGAACACUUUGCCACGGUGGUGAUCAGCCUUGGAGAGGAAGCGGGAGAGUUCCUGCCUAAAGGCUACCUGGCCCUGGGUCUCACCUACAGUCUGCAGGCCACUGAUGCUACCCUGAAGUCCAAGCAAGAUGAAUUGCACCGCAAGGCGCUGCAGACACUUGAGCGAGCCCAGGAACUGGCACCUGACGACCCCCAGAUUAUCUUCUAUGUCUCCCUGCAGCUUGCCCUCGUCCGACAGAUCCCCAGCGCCAUGGAGCAUCUCCAGGAGGCCCUGACGGUGAGCAGGGAUGGCGCCAAUGCCCUCCACUUGCUAGCACUGCUCUUCUCUGCCCAGAAGCACUACCAGCACGCCCUGGAUGUCAUCAAUAUGGCCAUCACCGAGUACCCCGAGAACUUCAACCUGAUGUUCACCAAGGUGAAGCUGGAGCAGGUUCUGAAAGGGCCAGAGGAAGCCCUCGUGACCUGCAGGCAAAUGCUAAGGCUGUGGCAGACCCUCUACAACUUCUCUCAGCUGGGAGGCAUGGAAAGGGAUGGCAGCUUUGAGGGCCUCACAGUGAAGAAACAGAACGGCAUUCACCUGACCCUGCCAGAUGCGCAUGACGCAGAAUCCGGCUCUCGGAGGGCAUCAUCUAUCGCAGCCUCAAGGCUGGAGGAGGCCAUGUCGGAGCUGACCAUAACAACCUCGGUCCUGAAGCAGGGCCCCAUGCAGCUAUGGACCACACUGGAACAGAUCUGGCUCCAGGCCGCUGAGCUGUUCAUGGAGCAGAGACACCUCAAGGAAGCAGGUUUCUGCAUCCAGGAGGCUGCUGGCCUCUUCCCCACCUCUCACUCAGUGCUCUACAUGCGGGGCCGGCUGGCUGAGGUGAAGGGCAACUUGGAAGAGGCAAAGCAGCUGUACAAGGAGGCGCUCACAGUGAACCCGGACGGCGUGUGCAUCAUGUACAGCCUGGGUCUGAUGCUGAGUCAACUGGGCCACAAGAGCCUGGCCCAGAAGGUGCUGCGGGAUGCUGUGGAGAGACAGAGCACCUGCCACGAAGCCUGGCAGGGCCUGGGUGAGGUGCUGCAGGACCAGGGCCAGAAUGAGGCUGCCGUCGACUGCUUUCUCACUGCCCUGGAGCUGGAGGCCAGCAACCCCGUGCUCCCCUUCUCCAUCAUCCCCAGAGAGCUGUGAGCCUCUGCAGAGGCUGCCGGCCGUCCAGUGCGCACAGCAGACAUAGCAGGGGACAGGGAAGGACGGCUGCACUCAGGUGUGGGCCUCAGGGAAUAGAUGAUUAGUGAUCACUUCCACGGGCUCCGAUGCCAGUUCUCCACCCACCCCCACCCACUGCAGGGACAUCUGAAGCUGGGCGGACAAGAUUUGCAUCCAAAGCAAAUGCCUUGCUCCGUGGAGGCCGACACUGUGGUGUUGCUGAGCACGGGGGGGUGGGGGGUGGCUGCUUUAGAUAAAAGGUGUGUUUGGACCCAAGCCCCACCCUCAGGUUCCAUGAUACCCCCUCCCCGGAUUUCCUGGUUUUGGAUGAACCAAUCUUGAGUUGGUGUCCCAUAGAGAUGAACCUGCCAGCUGCCCUCUGGUUGAGCCAGGCUUUUCCUGGCCUUUCCUGGUACCUUGGGAGACAAACUGGCUUGAAUAUGACUUUCCAGAGCUGUGACAUGCUGAGAACCUUGGACACACGUCCCCCAUUCAAUCUCAGGGCAGUGCAAACUUGGAGAUUGUUCUUGGGCCUUGCCCAGGACAGCCACAGCUUGAGGUCCGGAUACCAGGAGGAAAGUGGGCUCCUGGGUUCCUAUGAGACUGAAUUAGCACCGUUGAUGCCCAGUGUUGCCUCUGUGGGGAGGUUUCCUGAAAGCUACGGGUACUUUCUGUGUGCCACCAAGUGCCUUUGGGGCUCAUGUCAGGCCAGGCCUCCCAAAGGCUUCCAUUUUCAACACUCCUGUCUCCCUGGAAACAUGCCCCAGCCAGCAGACUCCAUGGACCUUAUACCAAUGGCCUCUAGGAUAGGCCUUGAAAUACAAAACAGGGUUCUGACCUAGCCAUUUCUAGUACCUUGAGUGCACAUUUCUUCAAGGCUUUCCCUACAGUGCCGGUCCCUCUGGGGUGAGGGACAUGGAAGUGAUUGUUUCUAGGACUCCCCCCAAUACACAUCCUCAUCCCCAACCCAUUUUCACCCUGGGCUUUGUUGAGUGACCCAUACCCCAGCUUGGCCUUUAAGCUCCUCUAUUCCAGAUCCCCACAGAGGCCAUGCUUGGGUGGAUGGAAGAGGAUGGGGCCAGGGGCCAGGGGCCGGGCAGAUGUCCCUCACUGACUUGUCAGCUGGCCACUCUGCCUCUGGAACUUCCCUUAGGAACCGUUCUCCAUGGUCUGGCAGAGAGUCCCCUCUCUCCCCUGCACUCUGGCUGGGUCUCCCUCAGUCUCACCUUGCUCUCGCUUGAGAAUGUAGGGUGUUGAGAGCUGUCUGGUUUACCAUGGCCAGCAUAGCAUCCUGGAUGUAGCAGACCAUAUCCUCUACUGUCUUAGCACUGCAUGUCCCCUCGUCACAGCCCCAGGCCAGAGGGAAGAUAUUCAGUCCUUGGUCUCUUGGUUGAAGGUCUCUAUGUGUAUGUGUGUAUAUAAAUAUGGAUAGAUAUAUAUAUGCUAAACAUCUAUAUUUUUAUGGAAUUCUGUUAAAAAAAAGAGUAAAAACUAAGCAGAUACUAUUGGUAUAUCUUGAAGAGAUGGUUAGUCUGAGCAGUGGGAAAGACACCAAAUGCAUUCUGACUUAAGUGUUCCCUCUUUGGAGGCCAUAGGGGACAGGGCCCAGUGACCUUGGAAAUUGAAUAAAUGACCCUUGAAGGGGA